CUCUCUUAGUUCUGACUCUUAUUGCCAUUCUUCUCAGUCAGAGAAUGUCUUGGAUAUUUGAGGACCUAUGAAUAGCAAGAACUCUCUUCAGUCUCUCUCCUUGUGCAAAAUCUGCUGCCCAGAGUUUCAUCCUUGUCUAGCUCACCUCUGGAUUCCAGCGAAUGACUUGUCCAUCCUUUGCUCUGCCGCAGUUAGCUAUGAUAGGAUUUUUCUGGUCAUUUUCAUCGUCAUGUAUAAAGCGAAGCUGUUAGACAAGUUAAUCUUUCCAGCUUUUCUCAGUGCCAAAAUCUUAAGAUAAUAUAAUUUAUCCUUUUAGGGAAAGUGGAAAAUUGUGAUUUUAAUAACUCCUUGAGAAGUUCUUAUGGUUUUAUGAACCAGAUGAAGUGGCAGGGGCAGGGGGUGACUUUCUCUAGGACUCAAUUCCAUAACUGGUUAACAAGCCAUUUUUUCCCAUUGACGUUUGGCAGUGAAUCUUGCUGCUAUUGCCCUCUUAGAAACAUUUUGCUCAUUGCCAUCUCCUGAGCAAUCACUGUCCCCUGGGUAGCAACUUCAUCCAAAUCUGUGAUUUCUGUCCAUCCUCCAUGGACCGUUGCCUUCCCAGGAGAGAAGGUGAAACUGGUUUGCAGUGGAUCUCAUUUCAAGCGACCAGAGAUGUCAACACCAUACCGUUGGUAUUAUAGGGGGAAACAAAUAAGCGAAACCUCAAGUAACACCUAUGAGGUUCACGAUUCUGGAGAGUACAGAUGCCAGGCCCCAGACUCAAUAAAAAGUAGCUCUGUGAGCUUGCUCUUUUCUCAAGCUACCCUGAUCCUUCAGGCUCCACUUUAUGUGUUUGAAGGAGACUCUGUGGUUCUGAGAUGCCGAGCAAAGGCAGGAGUAGCACUGACUAAUGUGAUCCUAUACAAGAAUGAUAGAUUGCUGGCAUUCCUUAGUAACACCUCUGACUUUCACAUUCGUCAAGCAGAUCUGAAGGACAAUGGAGCAUAUAAGUGUAGUGGAUUUAAGAAAGACAGUAGCUCUGUUGUUUCAAACAGAGUCAAGAUCCAAGUCCAAGAGCUGUUUCCACCUCCUGUGAUGAAAGCCAGCUCCUUCCAGCCAAUCGAGGGGGAACUCGUGACCCUGACCUGUGAGACCCAGCUCCCUUCACAGAAGUCAGAUGUCCGGCUCCAGUUCUGCUUCUUCAAAGAUGGACAGACCCUGCAGUCAGGGUGGAGCAGCUCCCCAGAAUUCCAGAUCAACACCAUAUGGAGAGAAGACUCAGGGUCUUACUGGUGCCAGGCACAGGCAGUGACUUCCCUUGUCUGGAAACAGAGCCAGACAUCCAAGAUAUAUGUGCAGAGAGGUGUUGCCAAGGUCCAAAUACACACCCUCCCUGCCUUAGAGUUCGUGAUUCCAGGACAGGAAUUGGUCCUCAUCUGCUCAGUAGAUGGAGUCCCAGGGCUUGUCAGAAUCUCCUGGUACAAAACAUCAAACAAGGAAAGUAUGAAAAUAAAGAUUCAGAAUUCCCUGAAAGCAGAAUUCAAGAUCUCCAUGGUGAAAAACAGCGAUGCUGGAGAGUAUUACUGUGAAGCCAACAAUGGUGGCCUCUCCUUUCUCAGCAAGCCAGUGACCAUCAAUGUGAAAGUUCCUGUAUCUCCUCCUGGCCUCACUCUCAGCCCUCCUGGGGACCGGGCUCUUGAAGGAGAUAUGGUAACACUUCUCUGUGAAGCCCAGAGAGGUUCUCUUCCGAUCCAGUACCAGUUUUUUCGUGAAGAUGUAUUUCUCAAGGAGAUAGAAGUCACUUCAUUGAGAACAAGUUCCUUCAGCUUCUCUCUGACUGCAGAGCAUUCUGGGAACUACUAUUGCACCGCUGACAAUGGCCUGGGGGCCCAGCGCAGCAGAGCAGUGCACCUCUCCGUCAUCGUUCCAGUGUCUCAUCCUGUCCUCACCCUCAGCCCUCCUGGGCCCUGGGCUGUUGAGGGAGAUUUGAUGACACUUCACUGUGUAGCCCAGAAAGGCUCUCCCCCAAUCCAGUACCGGUUUUAUCAUGGGGACGUCACCCUGGGGAGCAGUUCAGUCCCGUCUGGAGGAGGAGCAUCCUUCAGCUUCUCUGUGACCUCAGAGCUCUCUGGGAACUACCACUGUACAGCUGACAAUGGCUUUGGUUCCCAUAAAAGUGAGGCCAUUAGCCUCUCUGUCACAGUUCCAGUGUCUCGCCCUGUCCUCACCAUCAGGACUCCCAGGGCCCAGCCUGUGGUUGGGGACAUAGUGGAGCUUCACUGUGAGGCCCAGAGAGGCUCUCCCCCAAUCCUGUACCAGUUUUAUCAUGAGGAUGUCAUCCUGGGGAGCAGCUCAACUCCCUCUGGAGGAUCUUCCUUGAGCCUCUUUCUGACUGAAGAACAUUCUGGAAAAUAUGCCUGUGUGGUCAGCAAUGGCUUGGGGUCUCAGCGCAGUGACACAGUAUCACUCAGUGUCAGAGUUCCAGUGUCUCACGCUGUCCUCACCCUUAGGGCUCCCAGGGCCCAGACUGUGGAGGGGGACAUGGUGGAGCUUCACUGUGAGGCCCGGAGAGGAUCUCCCCCCAUCUGGUACCAGUUUUAUCAUGAAGAUGUAACCCUAGGGAGCAGCUCGGCCCCCUCUGGAGGAGGAGCAUCUUUCAACCUCUCCCUGACUGCAGAACAUUCUGGAAACUACUUCUGCAAGGCCAACAAUGACCUGGGGGCCCAGCACAGUGAGGUGGUGACAUUCAAUGUCUUGGUUCCAGUGUCUCGCCCUGUCCUCACCCUCAGGGCUCCCAGGUCCCAGGCUAUGGUGGGGGACAUGGUGGAGCUUCACUGUGAGGUCCAGAGAGGCUCUCCUCCGAUCCUGUACCAGUUUUAUCAUGAGAACGUCACCCUGGAGAGCAGCUCGGCCCCCUAUGGAGGAGGAGCAUCCUUCAACCUCUCUCUGACCACACAGCAUUCUGGGAACUACUCCUGUGAAGCCAACAAUGGCCUGGGGGCCCAGCACAGUGAGGCAGUGACGCUUUCCAUCACAGGGCUGACAGGGAGCAGAAGCGGCCCUGUCGCCACAGGUGUCACCGGUGGACUGCUCAGCCUGUUGGGCCUUGCUGCUGCGGCACUGCUGCUCUAUUACUGGCUCCCAAGAAAAGCAGGAGGAAAGUCUAACUCCGACCCUUCCAGGAGGCCUUCAAGCUCAGACUCCCAAGAGCCCACCUACCACAAUGUGCCAACCUGGAUAGAACUGCAACCAGUGUACAGCAAUGUAAAUCCUGAAGGAGAAGACGUGGUGUACACGGAAGUCCGGAGCAUUCAGAAGGGAAACAAACAUGCAGCAGCCUCCACACCAGGGCUUCUCAAGAACUCGGAUUCCUCUGUCAUCUACUCCCAGGUGAGGGUGGCUUCAACUCCAGCCUCUCGGCCUCAGCUCUUGGCUUCCUCGGCUCCUCACCAAUGAGUCCACAUAGCUCCCUGACUGCUGUCUCAGCCUCUGCCCCCGAAAGCCAUCCUUGGGGACGAGGGGGUCAUCGAAGUAGGAUGGCUUAAACUGCCCCAGGCCACAUCCAGUGGCCUCUGUGUCAAGUGACCGCACCCUCAGUCUGACUAGAACACAAGGCUCUGCAGGACUCCUGCCUAUUUCCCAAGUUACAGCCCUGCCCUCGUGGUCUUUGUGUCUAACGACAUGUUGGUCCCAACCUGGGGCCCAUCACAUCCCCUGGCUUCCUUCGUGGGCUUCAGCUUAGGUCACUAUUUUGAGUCCUACUUGCACACACACCCCCACCAUUCCUCAAUGAGGACUGCUCCUGUACUCCGCCAUGGACAUCUCAGUGGGUCCAUUUCUCAACAGCCAUCAGCCUGGUGGGCUACUGUGGUGCUCUGCCAGAAGGGACAGCACACACCCCUGGAGACACAUACACUGGGCUUGUUAUGGACCUCCCCAUAAUGGGAAUGCAUUUCACACUCCCCUGGCUGUGUGAAACUUUGAGGUCAGUACCUAAUACCAGGAUAAAUUCUCUCCUGCCCAUGUGCCAAUAUCUAUCUGCCCAACUAAGUGGAUUUCAGACCCCAGUUUCAAGAUCCUUCCCAUUCUGCCAGAAGUAACCCAGCACAUUCGUGGCCAGGAGGACCAGGAAUGCAGAGAGAAGGCAUAUUGGGAUAUAGGCCGUGAUCUAUUACUAUUUAAUUGAAUGAGUGAAUGAAUGAGGAAGAUACUCGGGAUAAUGAUGAAGCAUUCCUACCCUCUGACUAGUAUUUGGCUCAUGUGCUCCCUAGGAAUUCCAGGGGGUACUCUUCUGUCUUCCCUGAGUACAAAAUAAACUAAAAGAAAGAGUUUGAGUGAGGAAAGCUGUGUUCAGCCAGCGGGAAGCCUUCUCAAGUUUUAGUGUGCUUAGGGCUCAGCAUGGGGAUCUUGUUAAAAUGCAGAUUCUGGGGGCCGGCCCAGUGGCAUACUGGUUAGGUUUGUGCACUCUGCUUUGGUGGCCUGGGGUUCACAGGUUCGGAUCCCAGGAGCGAGCCUACACACCACUCGUCAAGCCAUACUGCGGUGGCAUCCUACAUCCAAAAUAGAGGAAGACUGGCAUGGAUGCUAGCUCAGGGACAAUCUUCCUCACCAAAACAACAAAACAAAAAAACAGACAGAUUCUGUGUCAGUUGGUUUGGGUGGAGGCUAAGACUCUGCAUUUCUAACAAGAUCCCAGGGGCUGCUGAUGCUGCUGGUCCCAGCACCACACUGAGUACUGAGACCCCAUAGGUCUUGGAAGAGGCCUGUGGAGAAGCAGCGUGAGCUUUGCCUGCCCACUGCCUAACUGCAUGGGGGCCUUCACGCAGGGCACACUGCUCCCUCUGCUGUCCUUCCACUGGGACACCACCAGCUGCUGUUGCUGAGAGAACUUCUCUGCGACGUGUAGGACCUCAUCAGCUACCCUGGGUAGAGGAAAUGCAGCUGCCACCAUCUUUGUUUCCCCUCCUCAGGCCUCACACUUUCCCCUGAAAACAGGGAGUGAAUACACUGUGAAUAUGUACACCCCUCAGCCUUCUCCAUGCAAAGUUGAUCUAUCCCACCCCUGCACCAUGGGAUGUUUUGCUCCACUUGUAUGAUACCCAUCACACCUUAUCUUGAGCUCCACUCUCCGAUGGACUGUUCAGUGGGGGUCAUUGCCCUGGAAUAAAGUCUUCCAUAGGACAUUCAA